AUGGAUAUGUUCGUAAAGAUGAAAAGGCUUCUUCUGCCAAGAAAGCGGGUAGAAAUAAAAACAGAGAGACAGUCACACACACUUAAUGGGUUUGUACACUUUCAGAACAUUCUAAACAGCCCAUAUCAGGAAAGUGCUCAGCAUAUUAGGCGUGCAGAGAAGGAGUAUGCCACUCUUAUAGAAGAAAUAGAAAAAGCACAGUUGGAGAAAACACACAUCUUCCUUCUGUUUACCUCUCUAUUUAAGCAGCUGGAUGCGCUUUCCUUCCUUUCUUCAAGCAACGCAGUGCGCGUUCAGAUGGUCCGGGAGGAGGUGGAGAACCUUCUAAUCCAGCAGAUGUACAUAUAUGUAGAGUAUAUGGCACAGUGCACUGAUACAAUGCACAGCAGCCUAUUUAUUGUGCUGCUUGGCCGUGUGCCUAUAAGAAAGGCGGUAGGAAUAAAAAUGCGGUACUUUUCCCGGCGAAUGCAGAGUAUGGAUGGCAAGGCCCUAACCAUUGUACCUGAGGAGCUUGUGUCCAUAAUAGAGCGGGAGUGCACCAGAUACUGCACGCUUUUUGGCCUGGAUGAUCUUUCAGAAGAAAACCUCCUUGUGCUGGAUGGGUUCCUAUUUUCAAUUAUAAGAAAGAACCUAUGCGCAUCGCAGGAUGCCUUUUUCAGGUUCCGCGAGUGCAUUUUAAUGCGUGCCAGGUCUUCGUCUGGGUCGAGUGCUUUGCUGAGGAGGUUUAAUGUAAAUUUAGAUGCUUUGUGA